GCUCAACAACGAAGCAUCGCAAAAAAUAACAGAUAUGGAUUUCAACACCGCUUGCGAAAAGGCCAAAGCUUUCACCAAGAAGCCAUCCGAUGCCGAAUUCUUGGAGUUCUACGGAUUGUACAAGCAGUCUACCGUUGGUGACGUCAACGUCGCAGCCCCCGGUGCUCUUGACUUGAAAGGCAAGGCCAAGUGGGAUGCAUGGAACAAACACAAGGGUCUGUCUCAAGAUGCUGCCAAGGCUGCCUACAUUGCCACCUAUGAGAAGUACGCGCCCAAAUACGCUUAAAUUGUAAUCUUCGACAAAGUGUAGUUAUUUAUUAGAUAUUGACCGGCUAAUUAUAUGAAAUAAAAAAAAUAUUU